AUGGAGAAUUAUGUAGAAGGAGAAAAGGAAGCUCUGAGCACCUAUAAACUCAGUAAAUUAAAAGUUGGUGAGAAUAAAAUUAUGCAAGAUAUUUCAGAAGGAAAUAAAAAAAAAGAUAUUAUUUCUAACGAGAAAGAUGGUAAUGAAAAUACAAAAAAAAAAAACAAAAACACUACUUCUCUUUUUAAGAGGUUUAAACUUUUUGGUAAAACAAAAAAUGCACCAAAAGAAGAAGUGUCCGAUUUGAAAAAAAAUGAUGAAAAUAAUUCUAUAGAAGUUGUUAACUUGUUAGAUAUAUCAAAAGAUGAAGAAGAUAAAAGUAUCAACAUGAAUAGUAAUGAUGAUAAUGAUGAAAAUAACAAUAAUAAUGAUAAAAAUAAUAAUGAUGAUAAAAAUAAUAAUGAUGAUCAUAAUAAUAAUAGUGAUCAUAAUAACAAUAGUGAUCAUAAUAAUAGCGAUAAUAGUAAUGAUAAUAAUAAUGUAGAUCAAAAACUUCUCAGAGAGUUUUUAAAAAUUAAUAAUAACACACAAGUUAAUAACGAUGAUCAUAAUAUGAACAAUAGUAAAAUGAAUAAAAGUAAGACUUCCAUAAGUGUAGGAAAUGGUAGUAAAAUAAAUGAUAAAUCUGUUACAUCUAUCAAUACAGAUGAAGGAACGACAAAAGUUCAGGCAGAGAGUAAUAUUAUAAGUUCCAAACGUACUACACGAGAUAGUGCACUUAUAAAUUCAGAUAUGUUAGGUAAAAAUUUUGAAAAGGAUAUAAAUACAAAAAAAGAAUCUGUUAAAAUUGAUUCAGAUAAUAUGUCUAUAGACAAUGAAAAAUCUAUAAUUCCAAGAAUUAAUGAAAAAAGAAACUCAUUAUUUAAAAAUAUGGUAAAGAUGCCCUUGAAAUAUGCUUAUAAGUAUAGUUUAACACCCAGGAAUAGUACUGCAAAUAGUGAAGAUAAAAAUCAUAUAAAUGAUGACAAUAAAAAUGGUGAUAAUAAAAAUGAUGACAAUAAAAAUGGUGAUAAUAAAAAUGAUGAUAAUAAAAAUGAUGAUAAUAUAAAUAAUGAUAAUACAGAAAAUAAUAAUACAAUUAAUGAUAAUAUAAAUAAUGAUAAUACAAUUAAUGAUAAUAUAAAUAAUGACGAUGGGGAGAAAGGAUCAAAUAAGAAACACUCCAUAAGCCUUAAUAAUCAUGAAAGAAAAAAAAGCCUUCUGGUCCAACCAUUAAAUAAUAAUAAUGAAAAAAAAAUACAAAAUAAUGAUAGUAAAUUAAUACUUAAUAAUGAUAUACAUAGUAAUAACCAAGAUAUUAUUCAAAAUAAAGAAAAUGUUAAAAGAAAAAUUUCAAAUGUAGAUAAUAAUAUAAAUAAUAUUAAUAGCACGCUUACUCCUAAGGUAGGUUCUAAUUAUAGCGGUAAAAAUUCUGAUACCUCAAAAAAAUAUGACAAUGAAGAAAAAUCAUCUAAUACAUUAUCAGAGAAUAAUUCCAAGGUACCAAAAAAAGGCUUCAAUCAUUUAUUCAAGAGUAAAAUGAAAAUAGAGAAAAAGAACCCUCCUGUUCUUAUAAAAACGAAUAAUACAGAUAUUAAAAAUAAAAAUAUUGUUAUGAAAAAAAAUAAUUUAGUUGAACGAGCUAAUUUAAUAAAAAAAAAACAAACUGAUAUAAUACAAGAUGAUAUUAUCCAUGAUAAUCAUUUUAAAAAAAUAUCUAAUAAUGAAACAACACAAUUGUUAAAUGUGUUUGUUCCUUUUGAUUUGGAUCCUCCAACUUUGUAUGCUGACACUCCUGAAACAGUCAGCCCCUUAACUCCAAUAGAAGAAAUAAUUGACGUUAUAUACUCCAUAUUUAAUAGGAGCACAGAAGACACAAUUACACGUCUAAGAGAAUCAAAGAAUAACACUGCAGAGUGCCUUAAUACUUUAAAAAUAACAUUAGAUGCUUUAGAAGGGAACGAAAAGUCUGUGAUCUCACAACUGAACAAGAACAUGGCUAUCGAGAAAGAAUGUUUAGGAGAAGUUGAUGAAGUUAUUAAAUCAAUAAAUGACGACUAA